UUACUAGGAUGAAAUGUCAGGAAUUGUGAAAAACUGAAUUUAAAUGUAUUUGGCUAAGGUAAGGUGUAUGUAAACUUCCGACUUCGACUGUAAAUGUUUUUCUCCCACUGUCUUGACCGGACCCCAGCCUCACAGCUGACAAUUCAUUUGAAUAUGUCAUUUUUGAUGAUAAAAAUGUGUUUCUUUGAUAAUUGUUUUAAAGAAUAUGCAUUCAAUCAUUCAGAAUGCGUGUUGGUGCACGAUACAGUAUUGUUCCGAAUCUACGUUGACAACUAACCAGUUCACAGCACGUGUCCUCCAGAACCCGUUUUCGCGCGCAAUUUUCGAGGUGGCCAGACAGUUCUGACGAAAACUUUUAUGACACAGUGCAACUGAAUAAUAUACAUAUUCUUUUUGGUAAGUAGCCAGCAACAGUAUUUUGUUGUUUCCAAUGGAGUUUCGCUAAAUAUUCCUAAUAUUUUGGUUACCACCACAUGAUUUGCCCUUGACAAAACUCGAGACUGGAUACCUAUUUGGUUUUGUCAUGAUCAGAUCAGUCUGAAGUGUUAGCAUUAUGCCUAGCUAGGCUAGCUGGCCAGCAUAGCCCAAUGUAACGUUAAAGUAGUUGAGUCAGAGAAGGUUAGAGAAAGUGGUUUGGUUGAGUUGUUACAGAAUGAUCUAACUUCCAUACCGGUUGCAUUUAUUUUUCCUAUGCAACAUUUUGCUCAUAGAAAAUGUCCCAGCUCCUCUUUGGAAAGCCAGCACCUACCUUUCAGUCUACACCAAAACCUUGUCAUCAUCAUCCUUCAUCACCCAAGGACCCUGAACAAGGACAUCGGCCAGAACAGGACAUCCCCGAUGAGACAUUUUCGUUUGUGACACUGGACGAAAGCCAUGGACAGCAAAGUGAGGACUCCGGCAUCGACAUUUCAAACAUAUCCAAUAGACGUGACGUACACAACAGUAUCUCCAGCGAGCGCCCAGGUGAGGGGGCUACAACUGUUCUCAGUUCAACGAUAGAGGAAAUAGGGAAGAAGGCCCAGGAUCUGAUAGAGCGAAUCAACCAGAGCCGAGCCAUGGACCAGGAAAUCAUGACCACCUUCGAGAACAAGUUAAUGAAUAAGGUGAGUGAGGUGUGCCAACAGGUGAAGGAGCAGAUGUUCAGCAGCUAUGAGGAACAUGGCCGUGGGAUGGAGGCCAAUCUGCAGGAGCUGUCUGAGGUUCUGGAGCGGUGCAGUCAGCUCAGUAUGGAGCUGCAGGGAGCCAGUCAGACCUUAUCAGCCAUUAACAACAGCCUGCAGCAGACAGCUAAGAACUGACAUCUACCCAGCCAUGAAUUUAUUUGAACUGCCUAAUAGCAUCCCAACUUCUGGGAGGUCUGGAAUAAUUAAAGCAAUGCCUUGUUUGUUUGACAGUGGUAUAUGUCAAAUAUAACAUAAAACAGUGGUUGUAAACUGAGUGGGUGUUGGAAGCUUUUGUUUAUAAAAAUGAUUACAUAACUAGUGUGGAUAUUUUUUGUUCAUACCCAUCACAAAAUAGCAUUAUAGAACAUAUUUAAAUGGGUCAGAAUAUAGGUUUGUGCCCAGUUUAGAAUCAAAAACAUUCACCUUAAUGCCUAU